UUCGUUGAUUGUUGAGUGUAAUUCAGUGUAAUUAAUUACUUCUGUAUCUCCAUUACUUGUAGACACGAAUGCUGAAAACGAGAUUAAAUAUAGUUUUGCAAAUAUUCUUUUGAAAAUAAAUCAGCCAUAAUGACGAAAGAUGAGUCUCUGGAGAAGAAAUCAGUAGAAAAUAAUGAUACUGAUAAGAAAGCUGCAUCUGAAACAGGACCGGAUCCAUCAGCACCAAUAACAAGAAGAGGAGUAUUAACUUCAUUUCUAACUGGUAAACCUAUGGAAAUACCAGAACAAGAUAUUCUAGGUAAAUGCAGAUUUGUGUCAGAAUUUGAGAAGUUGAAUCGUAUAGGGGAAGGUACAUAUGGAAUUGUUUAUCGAGCAAGAGACACAAAAAAUGAUAAAGUUGUUGCAUUAAAAAAAGUUCGAAUGGAACACGAGAAAGAUGGUUUACCAGUUAGUGGUCUCAGGGAAAUAUCUGUUCUUUUAUCUUGUCGUCAUGAAAACAUUGUACAUUUAAGAGAAGUAGUAGUGGGAAGGAGCCUAGAAAGCAUAUUUCUUGCUAUGGAAUAUUGUGAACAAGACUUGGCCAGUUUAUUAGACAAUAUGCAAGCUCCAUUUUCAGAAAGUCAAGUUAAAUGUAUUGUUUUACAAGUACUGAAAGGUUUACGUUAUUUGCACCAUAAUUUCAUUGUUCACAGAGACUUAAAAGUCUCAAAUCUUCUUAUGACAGACAAAGGGUGUGUAAAAAUUGCUGAUUUUGGAUUGGCUAGAUGGUUUGGUUUGCCAUUAAAACCAAUGACACCUAGAGUAGUCACAUUAUGGUAUAGAGCACCAGAGUUAUUACUGCAAGCAAAAACCCAAACGACUUCCGUGGAUAUGUGGGCUGCUGGUUGUAUUUUAGGUGAAUUACUCGGACAUCGACCUUUAUUACCUGGGCGAUCAGAAAUUGCACAGCUCGAAUUAAUUGUUGAUUUGUUGGGUACACCAAGUGAAGCAAUUUGGCCCGAGUUCAACACCCUUCCAGCACUGCAGAACUUUACAUUGAAACAACAACCAUAUAAUAAUUUAAAACAAAGGUUUCCAUGGUUAAGUGCUGCUGGUCUAAGAUUAUUAAACUUCUUAUUUAUGUAUGAUCCAAAGAAACGAGCUACUGCUGAGGAAUGUUUACAAAGUAGUUACUUUAAAGAAGCUCCCUUGCCAUGCGAUCCCAAGCUUAUGCCAACAUUCCCACAACACAGGAAUAUGAAGAAGGCUGCUCCUCCAAAAGAGAGCAGAGAACCAGAGGCAAAUGUUACAGAUCAGACAAAUAAUUUACCUGCAAUUUCAGAUCUUCUUGGGUCACUUGUGAAGAAGAGGAGGGUCGAAUAAAUGAAUGCUAUAAUCAUAUUCAUAACUGAGAAUACAUUUCAAACAUACUUUUGUUCCUCAUAAUUUGUAACCCUCGUAAUGGAUGUACGGUCUUAUUCACGAAACAAACUUUUUAAAUAAAUGAACUUUAUUACUGGACACAAAAAGACAUAAAAAAGAUUACAAAAGAAGUGUUUUCCUUGUUAAGAAAACACGUAUUCAUGAAAACAAAACGUGCAUACGUUGACAGAUACAUUCGUUUAACAAAGUAGAUGAAGAAAUAAUAUACAAAGUAUAACUGAACAUGCAGAUUUAGUAUGUAACCUGAAACCUUCGUCAGAUUUCAUAAUAUCGAUGAUAAUGUAUACAAACGUAUGUAUCUCGAAUGACUACGUGUAUAUAAAUACAUGUUAUUGAGUUUAUUUACUUUGAUUGAAAAAUUGUCAAUGUCAGUAGAUCCUCGGUGUACAGAUGAUGUCGCAAUCUUAAAUUUAAGGUUUACGUCUUUUUGGCGGCUUCAGUGUUCUGGAAGUUCUUUUUGUAUUCA